AUGUCUGGUAGCCUGAUGGACGAUGUGGAGGACUUUCCGCAGAAGGCUUCUAAGGGCCUUGUUGAGCCUCGGUAUAUGGGAACAAUCGCUGAUCAACGCGAUAUGAGUGCGCUAGGACGCGUACAGGUUCUGCGAAGAAAUUUUCGAUUUAUUUCGAUCGUUGGAUUUGGAUGUACUCUAAUCUGCACAUGGGAGGUUAUCUUGACAUUGCUGUCAUCUGGAUUGACUGAUGGUGGUACAGCGGGUUUGAUUUGGGGGUUCAUUGGUGUUUCCACGGGGUUCACUCUCGUGUAUGCGAGUAUAGCUGAGAUGGCCUCAAUGGCACCAACUGCUGGCGGACAGUACCACUGGGUGUCAGAAUUUGCUCCGCGACGUGGACAGAAAUUCCUCAGUUACAUCACAGGAUGGCUCUCUGCGAUGGGCUGGCAAUGUGCCAUUGUUUCCAUCGCAUAUCUGGCCGGCACAAUUAUCCAAGGCUUAAUCGUGUUGAAUCAUCCCGAGUACGAUUUCCAACGAUGGCAUGGAACAAUGCUAGUAAUUGCCAUCUCGUCAUUUUCGAUCUUGUUCAAUACUUUCUUGGCUAAGAACCUGCCAUUUGUGGAAGGGCUGAUUCUGAUCAUCCAUGUCAUUGGCCUCUUUGCGAUCAUCAUUCCACUAUGGGUAAUGGCACCGCGCAACAAUGCUUAUGCUGUGUUCACUCACUUCAAUAACGGCGGUGGCUGGGAUAAUUCCGGAACUGCGACUCUGGUUGGCCUCUCCACCACCAUUACAUCCAUGUUGGGGUACGACUGCUCUGUCCAUAUGUCGGAAGAAAUCAAAGAUGCAUCAGAGACGCUGCCCAAGGCCAUGAUGGCCUCGGUCGCAGUCAACGGAGUGUUAGGGUCCAUCAUGUUGGUCACGUUGUGUUUCACCUUGGGCGAAGUCAACACAGUACUGGAAACUCCAACCGGGUACCCAUUUAUUCAAAUAUUCUACAACACGACCGGCAGUCUAGCAGCUACCAAUGCCAUGACAGCAGUUCUUAUAGUGACACUGACCGCCAGUACCAUCACCGAAGUGGCCACAGCAUCGCGACAGCUCUGGUCAUUCGCCCGGGAUGAAGGGAUUCCAUUUUCAUCCUUCUUCGCAUAUGUUACACCGGGAUGGAACAUCCCUCUCAACUCCGUGAUGGUGUCCCUUGGAGUCACGGUUCUCCUUUCGUUGAUCAACAUUGGAUCUGAAGUGGCCCUCAACGCCGUCAUUUCUCUGACGAUCACGUCGCUCAUGUCGGCCUACAUCGUCUCUAUUGGUUGUGUGUUGUUGAAGCGACUUCGUGGCGAAUCACUCCCACCUCACCGUUGGUCCCUGGGCCGAUUUGGCAUGGCGGUCAAUACCGGGGCCUUGGCUUUCCUGCUGCCAAUUUUUGUUUUUGCCUUCUUCCCACUGUCGACGCCUGUGACACGUGAGACGAUGAAUUGGAGCGUGGUCAUGUACGCUGGCGUCAUUGGAUCGGCGACGAUCUACUAUUGGGCCAGAGGACGGCAUCAUUUCGUUCCACCCGUAGCAUUAAUCCAGAGAGAGGGUUUCUAG